AUGUCACCCAGCGAGACAAUAAACGCUGACAGCCGGGGACGCUCACAUGGCUCUAGUGCUGGACGGCACAAGGGCAUCGAUACACCAUGGGCUAAGGUACUGAUAGGCAGAGAAACAUCAGUUCCGACUCUACCGACUCUGUACCCUGUUAGCGAGGUACUUGCAAGAACGAAGGCGGCCGACAAGCAGGCCGCCCUGACAGGAGUGACGACGACGUUUAGCCCUGAACACAUCUCCAACUACCGACUUCUAGCCCUCGGGAAUAUCGAUCCUACGCAGAUCACGCGACGUCUUCCUAAAUCUAGGAAACUCAGCCGGUAUAGACUGAGCGAGACCAAUGGCUAUCCCGGCAUUUACAAACACGGGGCGGCCUACACGCCGGGAAACCGAUUUGAUAACGCCACAACGCGCCUCGAAGAUAGGACUAUAGCCGCCAAACACCACCCGCCUCGGGACUCGGGGAAAGACAUCCUGCUCAUCUGCGCAAUAAGCCCACUCGAUGUAGGGGCGGAAAGGGGCCUCCUCCAUCACUGCGUGGGGGACCUACCGAAACCCCAGACUGCUGUGGUUGCUUAUCUCAAGGCUCAAGGAUGGAAUUGUGGACGCCGAGGAAUCCCCUUGAACCCCUUGUCGCUCCUGGUUGCCUGGGUCGCCGUUCGAAAACAGCAAUCGCCUAUCGCCCGAGAUAAGACGCUGUUAGCUUUACGAAACAAGUCUGCGGCCAGACCUUCGGAAACAACCCAAAGAUACGACACCAUUUGGAGCACCUUGAUCGGAGACGAUACUGCUUCCACCGCUCACGUGGUCGGUGUCUGCGAAAAGCAUCCGACGUCCAAUUUCUGGGCCGAUCGCGAUGGGCAGCAAACGGCGCAGCUUUCCCAGGAACCCAUAUGGUCUAGUGUAGUCGACGACUACGAGAGGGAAUUGGGACGCGCAGCAGUCGUCCAAGAGGCUCGAAUCCACAAAGUUGCGUACUGCGUACUUGCAACGGUCGGCAACGAUUGGCCAAGAACCGGACCACCAACAUAUCUCUUUGGCUUGAAGUCUUCGUCAGUCCCAGUACUCAGUGCAAAAUACCGCGUUUCACCUCGGUACAUUGCACCUCUGGACCAGUGGACAGUGGACUACAGCGCUAGGCAGCGCUGCGCAGUGCGCACAUGCCUGCAGCAUCCAUCGCCCCUGUAUUUUGAGGACCUUGGGUCGCUUGGUGUAACAUCUGCGUGGAGACGAGUCGACAGCAGCUGGGAAGACCGGUCGGAGGACGUCCGGAAUGGGGCAAACAUCAAUCCAGGCCCGGACCCACAGUCGGGGAUGAAUCGGGCGAGAAAGUGGCCUGUGCACGACGAAAUACCGUCCCUGGUUGGUCCACGGCACAUUGUCGGUGACGGCCCCACCAGUGCAGAGUUCUCACAGGUCCCUCGUAUCCGAAGAACCCACUCUGAGCCGUUUCUGCCCCAUCUACUGGUCCGUUCCGUUGCACUAACAAUUUCUGCAGACGGAACUCAAUUCUCGAGGUACGUACCCAAAAAAGACGCAUCGGCGGAGUUCACCGAAUUCGUCAAAUCGCACCAAAAAAAUCAUCGGACAAUGGAUAUCAAUAUCACCACGACAUGCAAAAAGCUGACCUUAACCUGGCGCCAUAACCAACUCGGCCACCCUUCCAGUACUGAGAAGAUCUCUGGAAGCGACAGUACAUCCGAAGAAUUUGGAGAAAAGCUGGAGACCAUUGUACUGUCGCCUUGUAGCAGUCGAUGGGAUACCUGUGCCAGCCCGAUUGCCAAGCAACAGAUGCCAGUGAUCCUCAACUGCGUCACAGAUCUCGAGGACGGGAUGUUAGAACUUGAUCGUCCAUCUCCAUACUCGACCGCAUAUCCGGGGAGGCAAGAUUACAAAGCGCACAUUGCGUUAGCGAUUCACCCCUUGACCAAGAACCUCUAA